AUGACUGAAGAGGGGGUGGUGAAUCUAAGACUUUACGAUUCUAAUAUAAAAAAAAAAAAAUCUGUGAACAUCACGUUCUUUCUAUCUCUCUCACUAUCUAUCUAUCUAUCUACCUACCUAUCCCAGUCUGUUCAUAUCUAUAUAUCUGUCUGUCUAUCUAUCUAUCUAUCUAUCUAUCUAUCUAUCUAUCUAUCUAUCUCUCAAGUCUAUUCAUAUCUAUCUAUCUAUCUAUCUAUCUAUCUAUCUAUCUAUCUAUCUAUCUAUCUCAAACUCGCCAUGAUCUAUCUAUCUAUCUAUCUAUCUAUCUAUCUAUCUAUCUAUCUAUCUCAGUCUUUCCAUAUCUAUCUAUCUAUCUUUCUAUCUAUCUAUCUAUCUAUCUAUCUGCCUGUUCCAGCCGUAAUCUGGUCUAUUCAUAUCUAUCUAUCUAUCUAUCUAUCUAUUUGCAUUCUUUUCAUAUCAAUCUAUCUAUCUAUUUAUCUAUCUAUCUAUUUGCAUUCUUUUAUAUCUAUCUAUCUAUCUAUCUAUCUAUCUAUCUAUCUAUCUCAGUCUAUUCAUAUCUAUUUGAGUCUAUUCAUAUAUCUGUCUAUCCCUCUCAGUUUAUUCAUAUCUAUCCGAGUCUAUUCCUAUCUAUCUAUCUAUCUAUCUAUCUAUCUAUCUAUCUAUCUAUCUAUCUAUCUAUCUAUCUAUCUAUGUAAGGCUGCUCUUUAUCUAUCUAUCUAUCUAUCUAUCUAUCUAUCUAUCUAUUUGCAUUUUUUCAUAUCAAUCUAUCUAUCUAUUUAUCUAUCUAUCUAUUUGCAUUCUUUUAUAUCUAUCUAUCUAUCUAUCUAUCUAUCUCAAUCUAUUCAUAUCUAUUUGAGUCUAUUCAUAUAUCUGUCUAUCCCUCUCAGUUUAUUCCUAUCUGUCCGAGUCUAUUCAUAUCUAUCUAUCUAUCUAUCUAUCUAUCUAUCUAUCUAUCUAUCUAUCUAUCUAUCUAAGGCUGUUCUUUAUCUAUCUAUCUAUCUAUCUAUCUAUCUAUCUAUCUAUCUCAAGCACGGUUUCCGCAAGAUUCAUUUUCUUUCCGCUUCUCGUUUUUCUUUAUUACUUUCCACAUAUUCUUUCUUUCUUUUUCCUUUCUUUUUCUUUUCUUUCUUUUUUCUUUCUUUUUGCUUGUUUUCUUUCUUUCUUUUUGCUUGCUUUCUUUCAUUCCAGUUUAUUCCUUUUUUGAUCUUUCCUUCCUGCCUGUUUAUUUUUUUCCAUAUUGCUUUAUACAUAUUCCUUCUUUCUUUCUUUCUUUCUUUCUUUCUUUCUUUCUUUCUUUCUUUCUUUUUGCUUUCUUUCUUUCUUUCCUUCUUUCUUUCUUUCUUUUUGCUUUCUUUCUUUCUUUCCUUCUUUCUUUCUUUCUUUUUGCUUGCUUUCUUUCUAUUUUAUUUCUUUUUUGAUCUUUCCUUCCUGCCUGUUUAUUGUUUUUUUUCCAUAUUGCUUUCCACAUAUUUCUUCUUUCUUUCUUUCUUUCUUUCUUUCUUUCUUUCUUUCUUUCUUUCUUUCUUUUUACUCGCUUUCUUUCUUUUUACUCGCUUUCUUUUUUUCUUUCUUUUUGCUUGCUUUCUUUCUUUCUAUUUUAUUUCUUUUUUGAUCUUUCCUUCCUGCCUGUUUAUUGUUUUUUUUCCAUAUUGCUUUCCACAUAUUCUUUCUUUUUGCUUUCUUUCUUUCUUUCUUUCUUUCUUUUUACUCGCUUUCUUUUUUUCUUUCUUUUUGCUUGCUUUCUUUCUUUCUAUUUUAUUUCUUUUUUGA